AUGGCGCCAGAAUCCUUCAACCUCCUUACCUCGACCGUCCAUGACAUUCAACAGCUGUUCGACCGUUCCGAACUCACUGCGGAGUCGCUGGUAGCGCAAGUCUUGGAUCAGGUCGAAAAGCACAAUAGAAAAGGCCUUUGUCUGGGAGCCUUGAUCUCUGUCGCUCCCAGACAGAAGCUCUUGGAGCAAGCGCAGCUUCUCGAUCAAGAACGCGCCGCCGGAAAGGCCCGAAGCCCGCUCCAUGGUAUUCCAUUCAUCGUCAAGGAUGCCAUCGCGACCGAUCCUGAGCUAGGCAUGGGCACAACGGCUGGGAGCUGGGCUCUUGUCGACUCUCGGCCGCAUGGGAACGCCCCUACAGUACAAAAGCUUCUUGAUGCCGGGGGCAUUCUCAUUGGAAAGGCUAGCUUGACAGUACGGUCUGCCGUCGGUGUCUCCGCUGGGUUCGGAAUUGUGUCGCUCGGCGUCGAAACCGACGGGUCUAUCGUAUCCCCAGCCUCUCGUGCCGCCCUCUAUGCUAUGAAGCCGACUAUUGGGACUGUUUCCAUGGAUGGAGUAGUUCCAGUGUCAAAAAGCCUGGAUUCUGUCGGUGCCAUGGCCAGGUCCCCAGCUGACCUCGCCGUGGUCGUGGAGAUGUUGCAAGCGACAGGACCAAAUCACGAUGAAAGACUCUCGCAACUCAUGACGCAAAAAUGGGACGGGCUGAGGAUUGGAUUUGUGGAUGAAACGAUUUGGCAGUUACCAGAAAGUCUUUGCACAACUAACGACGAGGCGCUCUCUCAAAUGAGAAAAGAAUAUCACUCCGUAAUGAAUAUUCUAGCUGAUUCAGGCGCCCACGUCGAGUAUCCGGUCGCGCUUCCUCUCGGUGCCAAGAUUUGGCCUGAUACUGGAAACAUCAUGUCCUACGAGUUUCAGCCAGCCUUCAAUCGCUAUCUUGAAACACUCGAUUCAUCUCCAGUUAGGAACCUAAAGGAACUUGUCGACUGGAAUCGCCAGCACGCCGACAAAGAACUCCCCAAAGAACAUCCAUCUCAGUCAUACCUCGAGAAUGCGUUAAAGUGCAAUAUCCCUGCCACCGAAAAUGCCAAAACUCUGGCCUCCCUUCGCAAGCUUGCCGGACCCGACGGAAUCGAUAAGAUCCUCAAGCUGUAUCAGCUUGAUGCCAUCGCGUCGUUAGCUGACAGUCCGAUAUCGAGCGUUGCUUCUGCAGCCGGCUAUCCCGUCGCCACGAUGCCUCUGGGUGUUUUGGACUUAAAUGGGCGACCAUUCGGUAUUAGCAUGACUACUGGCAAACAUCAAGAGAAAAAACUGUUUCAGAUCAUGAGUGCUUGGGAGACUCUUGGACCUCGGCAGCCACCGCCUACUUUAGAAGAGGAAGUAAAUCAGGCACAGGUGUAG